CUCAAGCCAGAAUGAAAAGCCUGAAGGCCAAGUUUAAGAAGACGGAAAGCCAUGACUGGGGUAAGAAUGAUGAGAAGCUCCUACAGGCCGUGGACUACAACGACCCCGAGAAGGUGACGUCUCUACUUCUCCGCAAGGGCCUGGUCCCCACCAAACUGGACUCGGAGGGCAAAUCCGCGUUCCACCUGGCUGCAACGAGAGGGAACGUGGACUGCCUGGAAGUGAUGCUCGCUCAUGGAGCGGACGCCAUGACCACAGACAGCUCGGGGUACAAUGCGCUCCACCUGGCUGCUAAACACGGCCACCCAGAGUGCGUGAGCAAACUGCUGCAGGCAUCUUGCCCGGUUGAUGGCGCCGACAGCAACGGUCGGACAGCGCUCCACCAUGCAGCUGUCAGCGGCUGCAUCUCAUGCUCAGAGAUUCUCUGCGAUUUCAAGGCCUCCUUGAAUACCAAGGACAAGGAUGGCUCCACCCCUCUGAUCCUGGCAGCUAAGAUGAGCCACUCGGAGCUGUGCCGGUACCUGCUGCAUCAUGGAGCUGCUGUGAAUAGCAGAGACCAGCAGGGCAGAACAGCCCUGAUGCUGGCCUGCGAGAACGGCAGCGUGGAGACGGUGGAAGUUCUCAUCCAUGCUGGGGCGCGGGUCGGCAUGGUUGACGCCAGGGGCCAGGACGCAGCGCGCUACGGCCUGGCCACGGGGAAUGCCUUGAUCCAGCACUACCUGCAGGACGCCUGCCAGCGCCGCUCCUGGGCCAGCGAAGAGGAGUCGGCUGAGCGAACGUCGCAGAUGGCAUUGCCAAGCCAGCCUCUGCCCAGCGAGAGGAACAGCACCCCGAGAAAGAGGAAAGCCCCUCUGCCGCCCCCCGGCACCUCCAGCCAGCACACCCCACGCUCCCCGGAGCACAGCUCCCCUUCCACAGAGCGGAGCAGCCGGAUAGUCACCACCAAACCUGCCAGGGCUCGCCCUGCCCCAGCCGACACGGAGGACAGGGAGGCCUACGAGGAGAUCGUCCGGCUGAGGCAGGAACGGGCUCGGUUCCUGCAGAAGAUCAAGGGUUUGGAGCAGCAGCAGGAGAAGCAGAAGCAGGAGCGGCUGGAGUUGGAGGAGGACUCCCUACGCUCUAUGGAGAAGGAGAUAAAGGAGCUCCAGCAGCAACUGGCGGACAGUGAGGGGGAAAAGGAGCAUUUGGGGAAGGAGGUUGAAGUGCUCCGGAGCCGCCUGUCCUUGCUGGAGAACGAGAAGGAGAACACCAGCUACGACAUUGACACCCUGCAGGACGAAGAGGGGGACCUGCUGGAAUUCCCAGGGGCGGAGCUGCUGCUGUCCAAGAAGACCCUGAGCCUGUCCACGGAGGAGCUGCUGGCCACGCUGCAGGGCCAGGUGCAGUCGCUCACUAUGCAAAACCAGGAGCUGCUGGAGAAGAUACAGAUCCUGGAGAAUUACGAGAAAGACGAGAGUGACGUGGGCCCAGCCGAAGACUUCGUCCCCAUUGCCCUCUACGACUCCCUCAAGUCAGAGUUCAAUCAGCUCAGGGAGCAGCAUGCCGAGGCCCAGGCUGCCCUGCAGGCUCUGGAAGGCAGUGGGCCUCAUGGUCCCUCCUGCGAGCUAGUCCCAGUGGAGGCUUACAAGCAACUGAAGGCUGAAUAUGAGGCGCAGAUCCAGACCUUAGAGGAGGUGCUGCAGAGGAGCAACACCCUAGCUGAGCCCGAGGGGAAAGGCCGGGAGCCAGGCCAGGCCAGGGUGCCAGCAGAAGGAAGCAGCAGGGAAGGAGGGGCUGGAGAUGUGUCUGUGAAAGAGCUGACCAAAAUGCUGGCUGAGACGCGGGAGAAGCACGAGGCAGCUCUGGCCGAGGUGCAGCUCCUGCGGGAGCAGAUCCAGCUGGGCAUCCUGUCUGUGGAGGAGCAGGAGGCGGCUGAGAGCUCCAGGAGUGAGCUGGAGACGGUGAGAGCAGCUCUGCAGAAAGCCCAGGAGGCCCUGCUGGAGAGAGACCAGAGGGUGAAGGACCUGGAGGGGCGCUUGGACUCCCAGGAAGAAGCAGCCAGUCGAGGCUGCUCCGCCGAGGAGAUGAGGGCGGCCCUCAGUGUCUCCUUGGGCGAAGCCGCCGUGGAGAAUGCCGAGCUGCUGGAGAGGUGCCACCAAGCGGAGGCAGAAGCGGAGCAGCUGAGGAGGAGCGUGGAGGAGGGAGCCGGGGAGCUGCAGCGAGCGAUGGGCCACCUCUCGGAGAGCCAGGGGCUGGAGGAGGAGAACCGGCAGCUCCGUGAGCAGCUGGAGGAGCUGAGGGGGCAGUACGAGGAGGUGCAGGCCCAGCUCCGAGAGGAUCAGGACAAGAAGGAGGAGGAGCUGAGCGCCCUGAAGGAGCAGCUGGCGUCCGAGAGCAUCUCUAGGCAGGAGCAGGAGGAGAUGGCGGGGGCGCUGGGCGGGUUGUUGGCCGAGUCCAAUAAGAAGCUGCUGGAGCUGGAGGAGAGGCACAGCGCCACCCAGCGGGAGGCAAGGGAGCUGCAGCAGGUGGCGGAGCGAUACAGGAGGGAGUGGGUCCCGCCAGCCGAGCACGCCCGAGCUAAGGAGGCCCUGGAGGGCAGCGUCCGGGAGCUGAAGGCCAGAGUCCAGCAGCUGGAGCAAGAGCUGGCCACCAAAGCCCAGGAGGCCUCGCGGCUGCAGAGCGAGCUGGCGAGCACGCGGGAGGGCACGGUCCCCAGGGAGGAGCACGAGCAGCUGCGGUGCAACCUGCAGGCGGAGGUGAGUGCGCUGAGCCUGAAGCUGAGCGACCUGGAGCGCAAGCACGAGAGGACCUGCACGGAGGUGUUCCAGGUGCAGCGCGAGGCCCUGUUCAUGAAGAGCGAGAAGCACGCAGCCGAGGCCCAGCUGGCCGCCACGGAGAAGCAGCUGCAGAGCCUGCGGGCCGAGUCGGGCCGGAUCCAGGAGCUGCAUGGCCACGUCGAGGACUCGGCCAAGCUGGUCAAGGAGAAGGACAAGAAGAUCACCGAGCUGUCCAAGGAAGUCUUCAAGCUGAAGGAGUCCUUGAACAGCCUGUCUGAGCUCUCCGGCCCGGGGGUGGCCCCGCAGAAGCAGCAGAACCCGCAGGCGGUGGCAAAGCUGCAGGGCACAAUAAAGGCCUUGGAACAGCAGCUGGCCGGGACAGAGACGCACCACCGCAAAGUCGUCUCACUCUACCGGAGCCACCUGCUCUGCGCGAUUCAGGGCCACAUGGACAAAGAUGUGCAGAGACUCUUGUACCAGAUCCUGAUGAUGCAGCAGCUGCAGGAGCAAGGCAGAUGAGCGCCCCGGGGCGAGGGAGCCCGGUUCCAAGCAGGGGGGCCUUCCCCACAGGGGAGCGGAGCGGGACUCGCACACAGAACCGGCUGGACUCCAGCGUCAAGCGGUGUGGCGAGGCCCCGUGCACAUGCUUCCUCACCAAAAAUCAAGGCACACGUGUGUUGGGUGAUCACUAGGGCGGCACCUUUGCUCCCUGUUCCUGGGAAGCCUGUGCUGGGAGGUGCCCGUGGGCGAGUGGCUGGAA